UUAAAUGUGGCGGCGGGAAGGCGGUGAUCUGAAGCGGCUGCUGAAGGCCAGCUGCUGAAGCGGCUGGGAGGGCUGGCUGUUGAGGCGAUGGCGGACAGCUAUAGCCGGGACAGCGAGCCUACGACGCGCACGCUGCUACGGCGCGUGCUGGAUACAGCGGAUCCUCGCACCCCGCGGCGACCCCGGAGUGCUCGGACUGAUGUCCAGAGAGCCCUGCUUCAAACACCUUCCUCUAGGAGGCUGAGGAGCCAAACAAAGACGACUGCCAGGCGUUGUUCUAAUAGAGCCAGGUCUGUUGACAGAUUGGCCCAUGUUCAAGCCAGUGGACACUUGGAGGAACAGACACCCCGGACUCUGCUGAAGAACAUCUUACUAACUGCCCCGGAAUCUUCCAUCCUAAUGCCAGAGUCAGUGGUGAAGCCAGUGCUGGCACCGCAGGUGGUCCAGGCUUCCAGACGGGAAAGCGGUCGGGGCAGCCUGGAGUUGCAGCUUCCUGAACUUGAGCCCCCCACAACCCUGGCUCCAGGUCUGCUGGCUCUUGGCAGAAGGAAGCAGAGACUGAGGUUGUCAGUGUUUCAGCAAGGAGUGGACUUGGGACUGCCUCCCUCCCAAGAGCCUCAUGGGAAUGCUGAUGCCUCUCCCCUCACCAGCUCCCUCAACUUGACCUUCGCCACACCUCUGCAAACACAAUCAGUGAAGAGGCCUGGUUUGGCCCGCAGACCUCCUACCCGCCGAGCUGUAGAUGUGGGUACACUUUUGCAGGAUCUGCGAGAUACUUCCCUGGCCUUGGCUCCUCCAGAUGACAGCCUCAGAACCCCUGUUGCUACUCUGCCAACAGACACAGUGUUGGAGGACACCCAGCCCUUCUCCCAGCCCUUGGUUGGCCGUUCCCCCAGUGUGCACCACUCCCUGCCUUGCCGCUCUCACUCUGGGGCUAAAGAUGUGGAGAGGGCUGCCAGUCGCAGGACAUGGAGCAGUGGGCUUGGGCUGCAGAACAACGGUGCUGGGAAAGCAGCCCAGCUUCUGGCAGGAAAGGUGAAGGAGGUUGAUGCCCUUGCUAUGGGCUUUCCGAACAUCAGCAGUAAUAUCUCUGGAGAAGAUGGAGUAGAGCCCUUACAGAAUGGAGUAGGUGAGGAGGCAGAGGAAAGAAUGGAAGAAAGCUUGAGGGAAGUGGAGAAGGCAGCAGAAGCACAAGGAUCCGCCAGAGCAGAAGAGCUUGAAGGACACAUAGAAGUGACCGAAGCAGAGGGAUCCUGGGGGGCUAUCGAGGCCAAGGAGCCAGAAGGAUCUUCAGGGGAUGAAGACACCUCUGGUAGAACAGCAAGCCCAGAGUUGGCCUCCAGCACCCCAGAGUUCCUUCGGGCCAGGCGACUUCAGUUUCUUGAGCCAGCUCCACCGCCUAGCACUGCAGUGUUACCUUCAGAGCCUCCGGAGCCUCUGUCGGCCAGGCUUCCUCCCAAGCCCCGAAUCCCUGGCUCCAGACCCCGUCAAGAUCCCUACAAGACUGGACUGAACCACUAUGCGAAACUCUUUAGCUUCUAUGCUAAGAUGCCUAUGGAGAAGAAGGCUGUGGAAAUGGUGGAGAAGUGCCUGGACAAGUAUUUCCAGCAUCUUUGUGACGACCUGGAGGUAUUUGCUGCUCAUGCUGGUCGCAAGACUGUGAGGCCAGAGGACCUGGAGCUGCUGAUGCGAAGGCAGGGCCUGGUCAGUGACCAAGUCUCCCUGCAUGUGCUCGUGGAGCGGCACCUGCCCCUGGAGUACCGACAGCAGCUCAUCCCUUGUGCAUUCAGUGGCAACACUGUCUUCCCUGCCCAGUAGUGGCCAGGCCUCAACACCUGCCCUGUCCCUACCUGGGGCCCCUUGGCCCCACAUACACUUCUAGGUUUCCUCCCUGCCCCCCAGCAUCAAUAAAAUGUCACAAACAGAA